GCUGUCCUCCAGGGAGGUGCCGAAGGCCACAUUGCCAACUCGUCCCUGGACUGACGCUGAGGACGGCAGCACUAGUGACAUCCAGACGACUGAGGAUGAAGACGAGCAACCAACUCAGAGGAGUUUUGGCUUUCGAUCCGGUCUCCUGCGCCAUAAUCGGCGCCACCGCCCAGCUCAGAAGAACAAGAGGUUAACCAACGCAUCUGAUGACGAGGCUCUGAUGCGCCCUGUGAUUAAUGCUUGCUCGGCCAAUCGUGGGGAGCCGCCCAGGGCCAUAGCAGCUUGUCUUGAGUGUGGCAAGCGGUUGUGUGACUACUGCCACCAAAACCACACCAAGCUCGCGGUAACAGCGGACCAUGUGAUUGUGUCUUUGGAACAACUGGAGUCCAUGUACUGUACGCGACAUCCACGAGAGCUGCGUCGAUUCUUUUGUGUCACUUGUGGUGAGUUAAUUUGCCUUGUGUGUACCUUUGAGUCCAGUUUCUCGGGCGCAAACUCUGAUGUAAACUCGGACAAUCCCACUCCACCCUCGACCUGUGGCCACUCAGAACACGAGGUACUGUCCAUUCGCCAGGGCCUAUUCACGCUCGAGCGCUGUAUCAACAAAGCAGCUUUUGACUGCAAGCAAAAGGCCGAACGCUUGGAACUGUUGCUUCUUGGUAUUCGUUCGUGUGAAGGCCAUGUGAAGUCCCUAAAGGAGGCAAUUGAGGCAGCCGCUGACGAAAUGACCCAGGCGAUAGCCAAUAGGAAGGAAGCGCUACUCGGCGAACUUGACGAUGACGUGGGUGUGCCUCUAACCAAUCUGGUUAGUCAAUGUGAAACAAUUGUGAACUCCGUGACUAGUUGGGAAGAACUGCAAAAAGAGAAUGGUUAUGUGGAGGCUCUGGCCGGAAUACAUCCAGUACAAGCGGUCACUGAAGCCAGCUUGAUCCGAGAUCGUUUUGUCGGCUGCCUCGAGGUAUUGACUGCAUCCAUUCCGAAGACAGAUAACUGGUCAAAACUUGUUGCGGAAGUGGACAGUCUGGCUCAAAAUUUCAAUAAGUUAAACGGUUUAGGUGAUGAACACUCGGAGUCAGAGGUAGAUGCCGGAAAGUUUGGGGAGGAGGAAGAGAAGGAAAAAGGUGUGCUUCCAGCCGUAAAUGGCGAUGUGAAGAUUUCAAAGCGUGUGCGUUUCAAGCCACCAGCUGAGUUCAGUGGAGUAAUACCACCCUCCUACACCGCCCAUUGGACACGCCGCCUGGGC